UAAGGCACUAGCAAGCGUGAGCCUCAAGCUUGCAUGCUGGCAUUGGUGAGCAGGUUGGGCAAUUGAGCUCGCCUGGCAAGCCCUAUUACUCCUUAUCCAUCGGUGAUCUCUGAUCACUGCUGCACACCUCGCCCCAGGCAAGCAAUCAGCCUGCUGCAGCCUGCACAAGGCAAAUGGCCGCAUUCGCCGACGACGACGACGCCGCGGCCAUCGAUGCGAUCCUAAACCAAGCGCCUUCCUCGAAGAUCCCGGAACUCCUCGACGAGGCAUCGAAGCGCGGCCUCGACGUGCGAAGUGAAGAGCUAGCAGCAGCGCUCGACGAAGCGGAUCCAUUAAGGGAAUACCGGCAGCAGUUCUGCUUCCCGCCUCCUAAUCAUGGACGCGACGCUAUAUAUUUAUGCGGCCACUCGCUGGGGCUGCAACCCAAAAAAACGAAGCAGGCCGUGCUUGACGAUUUACAAAGGUGGGCAACGUACGGUGUGGAGGGCCACUUCGACCAGGACGAGGCGCCGUCCACGAGGUGGUGGACCAUCGAGGACUGCGCGGAAGAGGAGGCAUCAAGGUUAGUUGGUGCCCAACGUUCGGAGGUCGUCCUGAUGAACUCGCUGACCGUCAACCUCCACCUCUUACUGUCCGCUUUUUAUAGACCAGAAGGUACACGGAGGAAAAUAUUGAUCGAGGCGCACGCGUUUCCGAGUGAUGAAUACGCCGUGCAGAGCUGCGUUUCCAGUCGAGGCGGGAGUGAGGAGGACAUCAUAAGGGUGGAAGGGGGCACGGAUGAAUUAGUGGAAGCCAUCAACGCAACCGAUGGGUUAUGUGUCGUUCUCAUCGGCGCGGUGCAGUACUACUCGGGCGAGUGGUUCGACGCGCGUAAACUCGCGGAAGCCACGCACGCGCAAGGAGCUUUAUUGGGAUUGGACUGCGCCCACGCCGCGGGCAACGUGCCGUUGCAGCUGCAUGAUGAUGGGGUGGACUUCGCGUGCUGGUGCUCCUAUAAAUAUUUGAAUAGUGGGCCCGGCGCCAUCGCGGGCGCGUUCGUCCACGCAAAGCACGACACGCGCUCCUUACCUGGGGUGCUGCGGGGCUGGUGGGGCCACGAGCGGUCGACGCGCUUUGAGAUGAACCAGGAGCCGGUCUAUCGGGCGGGCGCGGCCGGUCUACAAUUGUCGAACCCCCCUACUUUACCCAUGGUCGCGCUCCGCGAGGCUUAUAGAUUGCACGACGCCGCGUCCAUCGAUGCGUUGCGGGCAAAAUCCCUAAAGCUGACGGCGUACCUGGAGUUAUUAAUAGCGCUCGAGCACCCGUCCUUGGAAAUCGUGACGCCGCGGGACCCUUCCAGAAGAGGCGCGCAGCUGUCGAUAAAAUUCAAUGACGGGACCGUCGAGGGUGUGUUUGGGCGGCUCCAGAAGGCGCAUAUCUUCGCGGACCUGCGGCGACCCGACGUCUUGAGGGUGGCGCCGGCGCCGCUCUACAACUGCUUCGGCGACGUCCGCGCCUUCGUCGAGGCGCUGACGCAGGCGGUCCACGAGGAGGAGCUCGGCGGGGAAUUGGAAUUCGGCGGCGAGGCGGCGGCGGCGCAGGCCGAGGGGCUCGAGGAGGCGUUUAUUUAAGUUGUUUUACACUGA